AAGCUUCGGACUUGUCUCACUAAGAACCUAACAUAGAACGAUCUCGUUGAUUCGAAAGGGAAGCGUUCUGUUCAGAGCUACAUUCAUUAUUCAUAUCUUCGGUCAACCAUCUAUCUUCCAGAUUGUCUCGCAACGAUGUCGAACCCAAGUCUUAAUUUCAUCACUUUCAACCAGGAUCACAGCUGCCUGGCUGUUGGUACCUCGAGAGGAUUCCGAAUUUACCACACCGACCCGUUCUCCAAGAUUUUCAGCAGCGAUGAUGGGAAUAUCGCUAUUAUCGAGAUGCUCUUCUCCACCUCCCUCGUUGCUCUCGUCCUCUCUCCCCGACACCUCAUAAUACAGAAUACGAAGCGUGCAUCCGUAAUUUGCGAGCUCACCUUUCCAUCUGCCGUUCUUGCCGUCCGCCUAAACCGUAAGCGACUAGCUGUUGUGCUCGAGGACGAGAUUUACCUUUACGAUGUAUCGAACAUGUCCCUCCUCACCAACAUCGCGACAUCCCCGAAUCCUGGCGCCGUAUGUGCGCUCUCGCCCUCGAACGAGCACUGUUACCUUGCCUACCCGUUGCCGAAGCCUCGUGACGAUACCCAAGAUAAGCGACCGUCGCACGCGCCUCCAGCGUCCCUCUACGCUCCCGUAACAUCGGGAGACGUUCUUAUAUAUGACACUUUGACCCUCAAGGCUGUUAACGUCAUCGAGGCUCAUCGCUCCCCUUUGUCGUGUAUCGCGCUGAACCACGAAGGAACUUUGCUAGCAACGGCAAGUGAAACAGGAACGAUCAUUAGAGUAUUCUCGGUGCCUAGGGGCCAGAAACUCUUCCAGUUCCGUCGUGGAACCUACCCGAGCACAAUCUACAGCAUGUCUUUCAACGCAGCGAGCUCAUUGCUCUGCGUCUCCUCUACCUCGGAUACAGUCCAUAUCUUCCGUCUUCAACAACCCGGGCCUAACACGAAUAACUCUACUUCCGAGACACAGACGCCCGGCUCCCCUCGAACGGAUCGCUGGUCUCGCAGUCGCAGCUAUGAGAGUGGUAACGAUUCGCCUAACAGUACUACAGGUUCUCCGCGUAGCGAAAUAGCUGACCUAGCAGCAGCCGCAACGCCGAGUAACCCGACCGGUAAUAGGAGACAAAGCGGAUCAUUUAGUAGUAUGCUCCGUCGGUCCUCACAAAUUAUGGGUCGAAGCGUGGCUGGCGUCGUAGGCAAUUAUCUGCCGCAGACAGUGACGGAAAUGUGGGAACCCCUUCGAGAUUUCGCCUAUAUCAAGAUACCCAAGACUCUGUCGGUGUCACCGCGCGCUGGUGGUUUGGCAAACAACCAACAGUUACGCAGCGUGGUGGCGAUGAGUAGUAGCAGUCCGCAGGUCAUGGUUGUUACUAGUGACGGCGGAUUCUACGUAUUUAACAUUGAUAUGGAACAAGGCGGAGAGGGCUACCUAGUUAAGCAGUUUUCCGUCCUCGAUAGCGACGAUAAGCUUGAUGCCUCGAAUUACGGACCUUAGAACGGCGAACCGCACAUAGUCGAGGCAUAUGACUCCGAAGGAGAAGACGGGGCGGACGACGUAAUAUUCGACGGCUCGGGAUGGAUGCUUCUGAAUGUUUAGUCGACACCGUACGAAGAUUUGGCAUUUUAAAGGCGUUAAACGGUU